AUGCGUACCUCCAUCCGUGCCGCUCUCCUCGUCUUCGCUGCCGCCCUCGUGGCUGUCCAGGUGGCCCAGCCCGUUUCAGCUCACCUUGUCGACCGUGAGGUGUUCGAGAACUCCACCCCCACCAUCUACGACUACUCUCGUCGUGCUGAGGACCCCAACGCCACUGCCGUCCCCACCACCACCUCGUCGUCUGCCAACCCUUCGGCCACCGCCGGUACCGGAUGCAAGGUCAACUCCGACUGCGCUACUGGUCUCUGUGACACUGGCAAGUGUGUUCCUCAGAAGGGCACCGGUCAGAACGACUCGUUCUGCACCAGCGAUGCUCAGUGCAAGAGCUCUUCGUACUGCUACCGUGGCUCGUGCCAGGACAUCAAGCAGGACGGUGCCAACUGCUACAAGGACUCUGGUUGCGCCAACGGCAACUGCGUAAACAAGAAGUGCAUCGCCAACGCAUCGCAGCCCCUCAAGGCCCAGUGCACCAAGUCGGAUCAGUGCACUAACGGCGCCUUCUGCUCCAACGGCAAGUGCGAGACCAUCAAGCCUGCCGGUGACUACUGCUACAAGAACCAGGGCUGCACUUCGAACAUCUGCAUCAACAACAAGUGCUCCUCCAAGGGUCUUGCCAACAACAACCAGUACUGCGCCAAGAACGCCGAAUGCAAGUCCAACUUCUGCUGGAAGAGCGCUUGCCGUGCCAAGCGUGCCCGCAACGUGUCUUGCUCGGUCGACGACGCUUGCAUCAGCAACAAGUGCCGCAAGAACAAGACUUGCGCCUAA